AUGAGCGACAAUGGGCCCCCUUUUCAAUCUGUUGAAUACGACGAUUUCCUGAAACAAAAUGGAAUACUAAGAGUGUUGGUGUCUCCAUACCAUCCAGCAUCUAAUGGUCAGGCCGAAAGGUUCGUACAGACGUUUAAGAACUACUUAAAGACGUCCAGCGCUCAGUCUUGUUUGCUCCAGCGAAUCCAGAGUUUCCUACUGAGUUACCGAGGGACGCCGCAUAGCACUACCGGUUGUUUGCCCGCCAAGAUUUUCCUCCAACGAGAAUUGAGAACUAGACUGUCUUUAGUAAAACCUGAUACUGCUAGUGUAGUUUCAUCCAGCCAGUCACAGAAGAAGAGUUAUCAUGAUCCACAUGCAAGGUUUAGGGAAUUUCAUUCUGGUCAACCAAUCCUCGUUCGGAAUUACAGGUCAAAUGGUAAAUGGCAACCUGCAACCGUUCUAGAAAGAAAGGGACCUCACUCAUAUCUUAUAGCAUUACCAGACGGAAGACUUUGGAAUCGCCAUGUCGAUCAGCUUUUGCAGGAUAGUCCAGCACCUCCACCUUUGAUUAGCGAGAGAUCCAAACCUAUACCUGGUAAUCUUGGUUCUCCGACAGGCACACAAGUUUUCUCCACUUCAUCUACUUGUGCUUCUUCGACGGAGUCCACUCCUGCAGCUCCAGUGGUUCCUCAGCCCGAAAGCAUGGACCGCAACCCAGGGCCAUCCGAAGUGGCACAAGGCGCCUUUGGUAGUCCUCGUAUUGUCACAUCUCCCACCAUUACUAAGAAGAUCAUGUAGAAAGAUCAAACCACCGAAAAGGCUUAUCGAACAAAUUUAGAUAUUUAAUUGAUUAGGAUAUUUACUUAAGUAUUUGGUAUUUAUUGGUUAGAAAUAUAUUAGUUAUGUUAUUUAGGAAAAUCGGACAGCAUUUACACCAAGCGGAGAGGUGUUAUGGUAUUAGGCUAAUAUAUAUACAUUUACUACAUGAAGUAUUGGGUGUGAGCCCACAGUUGAAACUGCUGGUCAGUAACUUCAUAUAAAAGGAACUGUCCGCCAUUUUAUUAGUUAGUUGAGAUUUAGUUAGUAUCGAUAUCAGUUAUAAUAAAGCCUUAAAACAUAACAGGAGGUAUACUUCAACAUAUUUCUUGAGAAACAAUCAAGUUUCAGCAAUCCCGGAAAUCAGUUUUCUCGCAUUGAUUAUGUAUUACAGCAACCAAUGACAUGGCAACGCAUUGUUUACCGGCAUUUUGCAUUGGUGGAAUUUUAUUGUAUCACCCUGAUGGGAAUCAGCGCAUAUCGUUUUGGUUGGAUCUACAACAUUGUAUAUUGCGGGGCCUGGACUCUCCUCGACAUCAUUUGAUAAUCUUACGAGCAAUGGGACGAACACAUAUAAGUCCCCAGACAUCUGAGCCUGAUUAAAUAACAUGACAGCUUGACAUGAGAGCUUUACAGAAAUUCUUAUAUUCACUAAACCUUUUCCUAGUUUUGUUGAAAGAAAGCACAAUACCUGUUACUGCUGCAAAAUAUAUUAAAAUUAACAACCCCAAAAGUUUUACUACCAACAGAAGUAGCACCAAAAUAAUAUCACACACAUGAUGAAUACGAGUUACAAAACAAUUAGGUUUGUCUUUUUUACUAGAAGUUACUAUCUCAAGGUAAAGUGCUGCCUCGGGCAGGUUACCGCUGAGUAGCCUGAGUUGCUUUUGUUUAGAAAACUCAACCACUGAAAUGUAUAUACAUGGAAAGCUGAUAAAUUACGCAAUCAAAAGAUGCUUUAUUUUAUUUUAAAUAGGCUUUUAUUUUAAAUAAGCUAAGUAUUGGACAUAUAGAAUUUCUAGAUUACAAGGUGAACGUCCAAUGGGGUUAGUGCAAACGGGAAAACGAGACCCAUGUGAUCUACUUACGGUAAAUAUAUACAUAAUGCAGUUUAGGAACGAUGGCAGUCGCAGUCGCAUGUGAGUGACCAAGUGCAUGGCAUAUCAACACUAAAAGCUUCCUUGACCAAGUUGGAGUAUGUUGGAGUAUGCAGGCCUAUAGCUAGUUUUUAUUGGCCGGUCAACACAUUUACCCAAUAAUGAUUUUUCUGUGUUGGUGUAAUGUACUCAGGUGAAUAUGAUGCUUGUGAUGUUCGAAAGGUCGUAGGUUCGAUUCCCACCGUGGUCAGGCAUAUUCUUCAAGCUUGCCCGGGCGGAUAUACACUCAGAGUAACAGCACAAGCUUCAUAUUCACCUGAGUACAUUACACCAACACAGAAAAAUCAUUACUGAUUAUUUGAUUACAUUGAUAUCGAAGGAACUAGAUUCUGUUCCGAAAUAUAACAUACUCGAACCGAUCUGACCGCGUAGCUCAGUUGGCAGAGCAUUUGGCUGGUAUUCCAAAGGUCGUAGGUUCGAUUUCCACCGUGGUCAGGCAUAUUUUUCAAGCUUGCCCGGUGCGGAUAUACACUCAGAGUAACAUCACAAGCAACAUUUACCCAAUGUUUGGCUGGCCAACACAUUUAUAGUUACCACAUAUCUCCGAAACACGCUAUAGGCUACAUCCAGCGUAAAAACACGGCCUAUAACGACAACUUUGUGAUAUACAGUAUUUGUAAGAAAUACGCAAACUAUUCCCUAAGCCUUCACGAUAAUACGAUUGAUUUGACAUCGUUGACAUAUAAAUAUAGCUUUACAAAACAACGUUUAUAUUUAGAUGAGACAGUUUAUAUCUGACCCCAAAACACGGGUUUUGACGAAUCCAGUUCUACUAUAAAUUAUUGUAUGAUGUCUUUCGUAAUUUUGCGCGCUAUGUAUUCGUUUAGAAUAAGGAUAUCAAAGAACGAAGCAAUACUAUAAAUUAUUGUAUGAUGUUUGUUGUUUAUAUUUGCGCGCUAUGACUAACUGACUAAAGCUAUGUAUUCGUUUUGAAUAAGGUUUUUAAAGAACGAAGCAAUACGAUAAAUGAUUGUAUGAUGUUUGUUGUAAUUUGCGCGCUGUGUAUUCGUUUUGAAUAAGGUUUUUUCUACCGAGGACCUUGCCACGAGCGUGCGUUGAAAAACAAACAUUUGUAAAUUACUGCGUGCAUGCAUGUGCAUGCAUGCAUGCAUGCAUGCAUGCAUUCCGUCGUAGAAGACAUCCGUUGUGAGGCUUAUAAUAUUUGAGUAUAAUGGUUUCAAACUUUCAAAAUUUAUGUGUAUCGAAAGUUAUAUUAAUGUGGCUGUCAAUUUAGGUGCAUUUUACGUGCUCCUAACUGUAUGUCAGUGCUAUAUAUUAAACAAUAUAGUGCGUUUUAAAAUCAACGAAUUUCAUACUUUUAGACUUACUUCCACCUCUCGUCAAACUUGUGCAGGUUUCUAGUUCUCUAAUAUCGGAGAUUCUGUCGACAAUAUAUAUAUUUCGGAAAAGGAGACUGGCGCGAGUUUUGUAGAUGUCAAGAAUAGAGUGCUGCCUCGCUGCCGCUCGGCAGCAAUUAGCCUACAACAUGCACCUAUUUGUGCACGAUAUUGCUCAAUUGUUAUUCCCAUUUUUGAAUAUAGGACCAAAGUUACAAAUGCCUAAAGGACGUUAGCUGACAAAAAUUAUGCCUGUUAUUUAUUGUUUUAUAAGGUGGAAUGAUCCCCAAAAUUUUUAAAAAAAUUAGUAAUUUUUUAAAAAAUUUUUUCCCCCUCAUAUAUGUCCUAGAGUAUGAAACUUUGAUCCUAUGUUGAUUUUACAUUUAUAUUAUACAUAUAACGGAUUUUUUUUAGGAUUAUUAGACGUUCGUGGCUUCGUUGCCAUGGAAACAUAUUUGUUUACCCUUUGUUUUUGGCCAAUAGCUUCAAAUUUAUUGCCCAAAAUUAACCCAAAAUAAAUGUGGGGUCGCUACGAAGGACUGGGUUCUAUUUUCAACUAUUCCCAGGACUCUCCGGACACAGAUGAGGUAAGUACAGAUGUGAAUCUCCUGUGAAAUUGCUGAUUGUUUUGUGUCACACGGAAUUCUCACUUCCGGCGAGCGCUGGCAAGUGUCGUUCUGAAAUUUAAUAAGGAAAGAGAUAGGAAAACGCCGUUCGAAAGACGAAAAAUUCUUUUUUUAAAAAGUCUACGCUACCGACGGCUAUUUUUGGAAUUAAUUCUUCAAGAGUAACGGUAAGCGAUCACUUUUAUUGAUUUCUUUUUAUUAAAAGUGUUAAUAUAACAUUUUAUUUAGCAAAAGUUGUUUUUUUUCCCUAUCUACUUCUUAUUAAAAUCGCGAAAUACACUUGCUGGGAAUUUCAGAUGCUCGUGUAUAAAUAACAAAACAGCGAAUGAUAUAAAUGCCUCAAAACAUAACUCUCGCAUAAAAAAAAACAUGAAUACUUCUAUAAUAUGUAUAGUUUUAUUCCUCUGCAUUAUCAAAAUUUAAUAAAAUAGUGAAUUAAUACAAUUUUAAAGUUUAUUUAAUCCGUGUGACACAUUUUCACAGGAGAUUCACAUCUGUAUUACCUCAUCUGUGCUCCGGAUCCAGAACGCCAUAUUAGCAAAGUAAAAUCGAAGGUCGUUUUAUAUUCGAAGAUAUUUUCAAAAAUAAGAUGGGUAAAUUUGCCAGUAAAAGGCGCAAUAAACGGCAAUUCUCUGGAAAUUGCUUUACAAAACAUCCUCGUGUUGAUAAUGAAGAAGGGGGCGAUGUAAAAAUACCAGAAAAAGACGCUGGAAAGAAGAUUUCUUCAGUGGAAGCCGAGACAAAUAAUGAACACAUGGCUUCCGGAAAUUCAGCUUCUUUUGGAAAGCUGCAGCAACUUAUCAACGAAAGAUCUAACGGUAAAAUGUUGGAUAAUAGUGAUAAAAGUAUUACUGGUUUCAGACUUUGCGCUAUGGGACUUAUUGCUGAUGUGUUUUAUCUGUUUAAAUGCCCAGUUCGAGUGCGACUGUAUUGGUCUUUCCCUCGAAGAAGAUGAUGUAAGUCGCAAAGGCUGUGCCUCAAAGCUUCGUUUAUGUUUCCAAAACUGCAGUUGGAAGCAUCUGUUUCGGACUUCUAAGCGAACAGAAAAAAGCUUCGAAGUAAAUAAGCGUCUUGUUUAUGGCAUGCGGAGAAUAGGGAAAGGUCAUGCGGGGCCUCUAAGUUCUGUUCUAUUAUGGACAUGCCAUCACCAUUGACAGCGAAGUCGUUUCGAAAGUCUUCACGGACUAUUACCCAACAUGUCAAGAAAGUUGCAAAAGCAUGUAUGAAAUCUGCCGCAGAAGAAGUACGUGCUAAGAAAAGGACUGUCGACUCUGAUGACACUAUUCCUGUCGACUGUGGAAUUUCGUGUGAUAGCUCUUGGCAGAGGAGGGGGCAUUCUUCCCUGAAUGGAUGUGUUACCGAUAUCUCCAUGGAGACGGGGAAAGUUCUCGACGUUGAAGCCCUGACCAGCCACUGUAAAGAAUGCAAGUACUAUGAAAAGCUGGACAAAAAUAGUAAAGAAUAUCGAGAAUGGAAUGCCAAGCACACUAAGUGUAAGGCAAAUUAUCGAGGAUCUGCUCCGGCUAUGGAACCAGAAGGAGCUUUGCGAAUGUUUGAAAGAUCAGUGGAAGAGAAUAAUCUGCGAUACACAGAUUUUUAUGGUGAUGGGGACAGUAAAACCUUCUCUGAAGUAAAGAAUACCUAUCCUGGCAUUGAAGUGCAGAAACGAGAGUGUAUCUAACCUGAGUAUCAGGCCCUCGGUAUUGAAGAGAGCCUGACACAAUUCGCCUCUACGGGCUUUCCACCCCCAGAAUAUCAGCCAAUUAAAAUUAUUUCCGGUUGUAGCAUAUUUCCGGUUGUCCGCUACAG